UUGUAGGCCUAUAUCGUCAUGUUAGCCAUUCCAUUAAAUGCCUGUUUUGUUUUUUGGAGGGCAGCAUUCCGUUCGAUUCGUUCAGCUUAAAGACAAGCCUAGGUUUGCAUUAGGCCUAAGUGGGUAGUUUGCAGGGAAAUACUUAUUCGAGGAAGUGUGUAUUUACCUGCGCGGGUUUUUGUUUCUGGGGGAAAAUUGCAGGUUAGAGGGUCGGUCCACCCGUCAGUUAUCUGCAACGUAGCUAGUUGACGCCCCAGACCAGACCACCCGCGUUUGGCAUAGGUCUUGUAUGGGCAAGUGAUUCAGGAGAUUCAUGGCAAAUCCACAUGGUGGAAAUGUUUUCAAGAAGGGCAUUAUGGGUAGCUGUGUGUAUGGCAACCGCUGUAAACACGCCAAGAUCAGCGUAAUGUGUUGAACCUAGCUUUGUUACUAGAUGCUACGAAGAACCAAUGGCUUUUUGCAACAAUGAGUACUUUGAGAAAAUUGGACAUAUUCAAAAGAACAUGCACGAAAUGGAAAAGAAGAGGCUUGAACUAGAGAGAGAGCUGUUUACCUACUGCAGGUCUGACCAACGAGUUGGACAGUUAAAAUAUGCCAAGCUGCUGCGUUAUCUCAAGGAAAUCUCUAGGAAAGAGGAGCAAGCCAAAGCAAGAAACCUUGAGCUUUUAAAAAGUGUGGAGUCAGUGGAGUCACAAGUGGAUCGCCUUUGGCCUGAUCGCAGCUCACUGCAUCAGAUGAAGCACAAUUUGAUGGAGUGCUGGAAUCAAAUCUCCAAAGUGAGGGAAAAGCAGGAGAAACAGAGAGCCAUUUUAAGAAAUAAGAACCAGGACUUGCCAUCAUCAUCAUCAUCUGCAAAAACUCUUCCACUGCAGCAGCCCUCAGUCAUCUUCAUGGGUCGACAGACCAUCAGAGAUCCCUGGGUUGAUCCCGGCAUGAGUGUACUCUCACCGCAGCUGUCACACUCGCUGCCUAAUCACCGCCUGCAACCUUUGCUUCCGAGUGGCCUUUUGAAGGACGCCUGCGUUUCAAAGGCCAAUGCCGGCCCGGUCUUAUCAGAUGACAUUCUAGACUCCAUCCAGGUUCCUGAUGGCGGCGCUCCGAGUGAGAGACAUGAAAGGAGGACACCCAGUCUGCCAUCUGAUUGUGGCUCCCCUGUGAGGGCCGCGGAAGCUCCUGCUGAGUCCUCACCUCGAGUCACCUUGAGAGGGCCCCAGUUGAUCUUGCCCAGUCCGGCCCCACAGAGGCUUGAGAGGAGCUCCCCGCCACUGUCUGGCUUGCACCAAAAUAUCUCCCAUGAUGCUCCUGCGGCCCCAUCCUCCCCUCAGCGUGACUCUGGAGACAGUCCCCUGAGCUCUUUGCACGAGUUUGUGGAGGAUUCCGAAAAUGUUCCAGCUAUUGUUUCUGCAGGACAAGAGAUGAAAUCCAGGAGCCCCAGCCUAUCCAGUUCCAGUGUUGAGAUUUCGUCUGAGUCUUCGGUGAAGAUUGACAGUGACCUCUCAUUCUCCAUCAGUGAUUGUGAUCUGCAGGGGUCUGUCAACACAAGGGUCUCCAGUCUGAGACACUCAGAAAAGACCAGUGCCUAUCCCAAGGACAAAACACCAGCUGAAGUACCGCAGACAACUGUCCAACAUGGCUCAGACUGCUUGUCUCACAGGUCUGCAACAGAGAGGCUGUCAUUAGAUGGGCUCUCCUAUUUGCUUGACCAUAUAGAAGGACAUCUGCACGGCAGCAACAAGGAACCGUACCGUGACCUCGUGGUCAGCCAGCAAAAACACAGCCAUGUGAUCAGCCUUUGUCAGGGGAAGGCAGCCCUGAAUGAAGAGGCGCUGCAAGCAUGUGGAGCGGUCGCCGUGCACCAGCUGCAGAGGUUGUCAUGGAGCACGUCAAAAGGAUGCUUAUUACCCUGGGAGCUGGUCAGGGCAAACUGGGACUGUGCCGAGCGGACCAGAAUAAGGUCCUGCCUGCCUGCUGCCAGUGUCCCCCUGUGGGAGCGCUGGCUCCGUCACGCCCUGCUGCUGAGAGAGCAGGACGUCCUGUCCUGUGAGGAGCUGCUGCAGGUCUUCACCCCUGCCCUGGUGGAGCGCACUGCCUCAUACACAGACAAGGCAGAGGUGCUGCUGAGGGCGCUCUUGAACCACUCCCCUCUGGACUUGGCUUCCACUCCAUCAGACCACGAGGACUCGUCAUCAGCCGGCUUGCCCUCCAUUCUGGGCGACAGCAGUGACAUCCAAAGGCCUCUCACUUUAACCAUGCAAGGAGCACAAAGUGGUGAAGAGGACAGUGCUGACAGGGGCUCGGUGGAAAGUAUUCCUAUUAGAGAGACAAAGGCCUAUCAGCUGCUUAAACAGUCUGCCUCGCAGGACAAGCACUGGAGCAGAAAGGCAGGGAAAGAAGAGCUGGAGGAGGAGGAGGAGGAGGGGGGUGAAGGCUCUGGUCUGGAGCCACCAGGAUCAUUAACCAAAGCACAAUAUGGCAGAUUGGAAGGGGGGAGGUCCACCGGCGCUCAAGACUCAUCAUUUCGAAAAGAGAAAACCAAAGCACAGGCCAUUUCAGCCGUCCAAUCAAAAGCUUUUUGGGGAGAAUCGGAUGACAGCAAUUCAGACAUUGAGAUUGCCUUGCGUCCUCAGUCUUGGAGGUCCGGUGAUGACACUGAUGAUUUCUACGACUGAUUGCGACCUCUGGAAAGAACAGUUAAUGGUGGCGGAGCACUUGUUCAGAGGUUACGCUUAUAUGCUCUUGUUUGCUCUUGCAGCAUUCACAACUGUGCAUUCCAUUAGAAUAAAUAAAAGGGUGGCUCUUAGUUGCAGGCGAAAGAAUGUGGAGGAUUUUUCAAACACGCCAGUGCUAACCCUGCUUGAAUCUCUCCAUCUGAACAGCCCUUGUGACUGGUUGAAAUAGAUUAAACUUUGCUUUUAAAGCCA